GUGAGACUGAGGACGAAGGUGUGGAUGUUGGUGAGCCAACCCCUUUUGCUAGCUGGCUGCCGGAGAGAGGUCCCCAGAUCCCUCUCGCCCUGCACGUGACUCACCACCUCUCUCAUGCUCUUCCACACUCUUAACUCUUCCUCGCCCCUGGGUCCUCAGCUCUCUUCUCUCUCUCUCUCUCUCUCUGAACACACCCAUCGCUUUCUUCUUCCAUCAAUCAACAACCCAGAUAUCAAAUCCCUCUCUCUCUCAUUUCCUCGCUUCCGCCACUCUUCUUUCUGUCUCUCUCCCUUUCUCUCUCUCCGUACUUAUAUUGGUGUUUGUUCGGCUUCAGUUUUCUCCGGGGGAUAUCUGGGCGGCGAGGCACUUGAUGCGGAGGAAUUGAGAUUUAAAUGCUACUGGCUGAAACACGUGAUUUGGGGUCUAAUGCUUGGAUCUGCUGGCGGUCAUAUGGCCUCCAGCUUGGAGCAAGUGGAGUUACUGAGGUAUAUACUUCAAUUAUUUACUGUUUGAUGACCACUUUCAACAUGGAGACAUCUCUGAGGGUUGAGAAGUGAAGCGAAAUGGUUAUACAUUCCAAAUAUAUUAGAACAUGUCGGAGACACGAGAAGAUUCAGGGUCUGCAGAGCAAGGGCCCUCUAAUGCUUCAUGGUGGCCUUCAGAUUUCGUUGAAAAAUUUGGAUCUGUUUCUUUGGGAUCUCAAGAUGAGGCCUUAAACAAUAAAGAAUCACCUAGACAUUCAGAGCAAGGUGAUUUGUCACCUCAUAAAGCAUCUCAAACUCUCUGGCGCACUGGAAUGCUUUCAGAACCAAUACCAAAUGGGUUUUAUUCAGUCAUUCCGGAGAAAAGACUCAAGGAGCUUUUUCAUAAUAUUCCUACUUUGGAAGAGCUUCUUGCUUUGGGAGGAGAGGGUUUUAGGGCUGAUAUCAUUGUUGUGGAUGCAGAAAAAGAUAAAAAGCUAUCCAUGUUAAAGCAACUGGUGGUGGCACUAGUAAAAGGAUUGAACUCAAAUCCAGCAGCGGUUAUUAAGAAAAUAGCAGUAUUAGUUUCUGAUUUUUACAAGCGGCCUAAUGUAGAAAGUCCUGCAAAAGCUGCGCUGGAAGAAACCUCCCACAUAAUUGAGAAUCGAAGCCUCCAGUUGCUGGGGCAGAUAAAGCAUGGUUCAUGCCGACCUCGAGCAAUCUUAUUUAAAGUUUUAGCAGAUACUGUAGGACUUGAAAGUAAACUAAUGGUGGGUUUGCCAAACGAUGGGGUCCUUGAAUGUGCAGAUUCAUACAAGCAUUUGUCUGUCAUGGUUGUAUUAAAUUCUGUGGAGCUAUUGGUUGAUCUCAUGCGAUUCCCUGGCCAAUUAUAUCCACAAUCAACCAAGGCAAUUUUUAUGACACAUAUUUCUGCAGCAGGAGAGAGUGAUUCUGCAGAGAAUGAUUCCUGUGACUCGCCAUUAGAACCCAACAGUCCUUUAUAUGGGGUUUCAGAGAGAGCAGAUAUUGACAGUGCUGAAAGAGAAGAAAAUCUCCAAUUUCACAGAAGACAUGAAGCAUCUUCAAAUUUAUCUGGCAUUUCUUUACGAAAUACAAUGUUACGUUCAAAUGUCAUUCUGGACAAUAAAUUGAGUUUGUCUCAUAGUGAACCCAACAUUGCAACUGCAUUUGGUCGGCGUAGUCGGAGAAGGGUCAUUGCUGAACAGAGGACAGCUAGCUCAAGUCCAGAACAUCCCUCAUUUCGAGCACGUGCGGGGUCCAUGCUUAGCGGUGAUAGGAAAACAUUUAGAGAUUUUGCUGAUGAUGGGGCAACAUCAAGCUAUAGGUCAGAUGGUGCACCCUUAUCGGAAGCUCGUAGGAUCAGAAGAAGAAGCAUCAGCAUUACACCAGAAAUUGGUGAUGAUAUCGUAAGGGCUGUACGGGCAAUGAAUGAAACACUAAAGCAGAAUCGUCUUUUGAGAGAGCAGAGGGAUGAUCGAUCCUUCUCAAAUUCUCCAACUGAUAGAAGCAGUGGCGGUGAUCUUCAGAAAAAUGUUUCCAAUUUCCAUCUUGGUCAUGAUGAAGGGUCUGCUUUAUAUUCUCUAAAGCAAGACCAAGAGACUUCUCAAAAGGCAAUAUCAUUACCCUCUUCGCCACAUGAAUAUAGAGUCGAAGCAUCUGGGAGAAGUGGACCAUCAGGAUAUGGAGUAAGUAAUGAGCUACAGGCAACAUGGAACAAAGUCCUCAAGUCUUCAAUGUUCAAUAAUAAACCUCUGUUGCCAUAUGAAGAAUGGAAUAUAGACUUUUCAGAACUAACUGUUGGAACUCGUGUUGGGAUUGGUUUUUUCGGAGAAGUAUUCCGAGGCAUAUGGAAUGGGACAGAUGUUGCCAUAAAGGUUUUUCUGGAGCAAGAUUUGACUACUGAAAACAUGGAAGAUUUCUGCAAUGAGAUAACGAUUCUCAGCCGGCUUCGACAUCCUAACGUUAUUUUAUUUCUUGGUGCAUGCACAAAGCCUCCGCGUUUGUCAAUGGUUACUGAGUAUAUGGAGAUGGGAUCUUUGUAUUACUUGAUCCAUUCGAGCGGUCAAAAGAAGAAGCUUAGUUGGCGGAGAAGACUGAAGAUGUUGCGGGAUAUAUGCAGGGGGUUGAUGUGCAUACAUCGUAUGAAGAUAGUUCACCGUGACCUGAAAAGUGCAAAUUGUCUUGUGAAUAAGCAUUGGACUGUGAAGAUCUGUGAUUUUGGGCUUUCAAGAAUAAUGACAGAUUCUCCCAUGAAAGAUUCUUCGUCAGCGGGGACUCCUGAAUGGAUGGCUCCUGAACUUAUUCGAAAUGAACCAUUCACAGAAAAAUGUGAUAUCUUUAGCCUGGGGGUCAUAAUGUGGGAGCUUUGCACUUUAGAUAGGCCAUGGGAAGGUGUACCACCAGAGAGGGUGAUUUAUACCGUUGCUAAUGAGGGAUCUAGGCUAGAGAUUCCUGAGGGGCCGCUGGGCAGGCUGAUUUCAGAUUGCUGGACAGAACCUCAUAAGCGGCCAAGUUGUGAAGACAUCCUUUCUCGUCUGCUUGACUGCGAAUACUCUCUGUGCUAAUACUACAUCCUUUUAUCUUUGUACAUAAAAACUUUUGGUAGAGUUGUCACCUUGCGCGGUGGCGGACGCACGUUAACGUAAGGGGGGGGCAUAAUCUCUGAAAAUGCCAUGUUGGUGAGAGAAAUUUAUAUAAGGCUCCCCCAUUCUCUGCAAGUUUGAACCUACUGUAAUGAAAAAUUUGAAGAAACACAAUGAUAGAGAAAGUAUAUUCGAGAA